AUGACGAGAAAGGUAAUUAUGAGCUUGAGUCCGGGCAGAAUUCAUGAGUGGAGAGAGAAGCUGACCGAGAGGUUCUCCUACAUAGCCAUCGACCCCGAGAUUAACGUCACUGUUCUCGAGAGUAACCGCGAACAUCACCGUGAGUAUGUGCCCAGAGAUUCCCGCAGUAUGCAGCAUGUGCAUGUCCUCCACCUGUCCAUAGGCAAGAACAUGCGCGUAACCUGCGGCCAUCCCGAUGAUGCUGGCGAUAAAGCUGUCGACCGAGGACACGCCCUGCGCUCUGAGGCCGACAACGGCCCCGGCUGCUUCCUGAAAGAAGCACGCCAUUGCGGUAAAGAAAACGCCGCCGAACAUAAAUCCGACUUGCACAGCGAGCAUAUCGCCUGCGCAAAGAGACGACAAUACGGUCACUCUGCCAGUCUAGUCGUGAAUACAACUCACAUCUUCCACGCGGCAUACCAAUCCGCCCGUGCCGCCACAUCGACGCCAAACGACUACCGCUCAGAAGGCCCUGCUACUUCCGAUACCGAGCCCAGCAUACUCCUCUUUCAGUGUGCCUCCGCCAAAGCGUCCUAG